GCAACCCCGAAAGUGCCUCUCGUACUACUCGGCCACCGUCGAUUUUGUUUUUCCGGGAUCGCUGACUUCUGGUGGGAACGAGUGCUUAAACUUCGUUCCCCACACGCACGUAAACCGCCGUAACCCGGGCAAGGGCCAGUAUGUAAGGCGUUUCUUCCGACCUACCGUGGAGCAAAUUCCCCGCGCUUGACAGAACCGAACAUUGUCCCUUGGCCUCUUCCACGAUGCGAGGGCCGUUGCUGCCUACUUUCGUAGGGAUACUGCGUGCGGCCGUGGCAAGUGCUGACACUUGGUGCGGCAAAAACUACAUGUCGAGUCUGCCCCCUGUUUCCCCCGGUGGCAAUUUCCCUAUACCAGCUCAAUCCGAUGACCCACUUCUGGCUUUUCAAUGCGUGUCUGCCAUCCGUCCUUACCUCGCAGAAGACACCUCCGCUGCUGUGCUCGUCGACACUCCCGUUGUGCACUACGAAAUUGCCAAUGCGAGAGUCAUAAAUCUCGAUUCCGAUCCCAUCUCAGAAGGCGAGUUGGAGGUGAAGAUUAGCCUGAACGGCAACACGCUUGGGACUGCAACUGUACCCCUCAACGCCACAGCCUACGAAAUUCCGUUCAGCCUGCAAGGAAUCCAGCCUCAAACUAGUCCAUAUCUCCUCUCCUGUGAGGGGGUCUACAAUUCUACAAGUCAGGGGGACACUCCACAAACAUUUAAUGCAACUGCUCCCUUGUAUGUCUUGCCGAAUCCUCCAAGUGGUUCGGUCACGAAAAUGGACUACCGCACUGGGGCACUUCUGGCACGUCCCGCUACAGGGGUGGGUGGUAAUUAUGAACCUGUGUUCCCCAUUGGGUUUUACACACAGUUCGACGGGUAUUUGAAUGGAAACCUAUCCGUUGUCGAUGAGCUGAAAGCCCAGGGGUUCACUAUCAUACAUCCAGUACCAACGUUCAGUAAUAUGACGGCGUUUCUGGACAUCGUUGAUAGGAUGCAAGAAGUUGGACUGUAUCUCAUGUACGACAUGAGGUGGACCUACAUGAAUUCCACAUCCGUUACCGAGCAAGUGAACGCCCUCAAGGACCGUCCCAAUCUCCUGCUUUGGUACACUGCUGAUGAACCAGACGGCACCUCUGAUCCGCUGGAUGCUACAACCAGCACAUAUGACCUAAUUUAUGACCUCGACGGGUACCAUCCUGUUAGCUUGGUACUCAAUUGCCAAGACUACUACUGGGAGAACUACACUGCAGGGACUGACAUUGUCAUGCAGGACGUCUACAUGGUUGGCAACAAUGUUAGCUUCUCAAACGAAUGGGGCACUGUAUGCACGCCUGAUUAUGGCGACUGCGGUUGCGAUAAUUGUGUGAGUAUUCCAGCAGGAGACACUCAGGCAGUUCCCCCAAAUUCUACGUUACCUCCCGGUCCCGUACCCGCUAACAGCGGCAUCGGCUCGUAUUUCAACAUUGCCGACCGUGUCUCCAGUUUCAAGAGCCGGUUAGAAGUUAUGGGAUGGCAGCGCACGAAGGCUGUCUGGACCGUGCCUCAAGCGUUUGGUGGAUCUCAGUACUGGACUCGCCCUCCGGCAGGCGAAGAAUGGGUUGUAGAAGCCAUCUUGGGCAUCAACCACGGAGCGCUUGGUGUUGUACCUUGGUCUGACCCGACACCGGAUGACAUCAAGGCCUCAGCAUCCGCAUUUGCGAAGAGUCUCCCGAAUAUAACACCUUUCCUUUUCGACGCUCAGUCUGCUCUCAACAGAACUAACUACGUCAUUGGGGGAAUCGACAUUGCGACAUGGACCAAUGGAUGGCAGACGCUGGUUCUUGCUGCCAAUACUGACUACACCAGCGAGACGGUUACGUGGCAAGAAGUGGGCUCUACGGUAGUUGGUAUGACUGUUGCGUUCCAGAGUGGAGGUUUGGAGACGACCUCAGGAGGCUUCACGCUCGGUCCCGUCGCAUCUGGGGCGUUUGUCUUGUCUGGAAUGCAACAAAAGGAACAAGAACGGAUGUAUAUUACAGGUAGCAACUAGAUACAUAUUGCCCUGACGAGCUCUUGUGGGUUGGUCAGCUCAACGAGCAGUGUUUGCCUUGAA